ACGCGACAAAGCCCAAAAAAUUAAAGCUGAAAAUUUUGAAAGUCGACACGCGCCUUUGACUAUUUUCCUGACUACAAAACAUGGGAAUUCACGGAUUGACCAAACUCAUCUCAGAGCAUGCUCCAGGUGCCAUAAGACCUCAUGAGAUCGGCAGCUAUUUUGGCCGAAAAGUCGCCAUUGACGCUUCCAUGAGCAUAUACCAAUUUAUGAUCGCUGUCCGCCAGCAGGAUGGUCAAAUGCUUACGAAUGACGCCGGUGAAACGACAAGUCACCUUAUGGGCAUGUUUUACCGAACAAUUCGAAUGGUGGAUAAUGGUAUCAAGCCGGUGUAUGUUUUUGACGGAAAGCCACCAAUGAUGAAGUCAGGAGAGCUUGCUCUUCGACUGGAACGAAGAAAAGAAGCUGAGAAAAAUAUUGAAGAGGCAAAAGAAGUUGGUACUAGCGAUGAUGUCAAUAAGUUUACAAGAAGAACGGUCAAAGUCACGAAAGAGCACAAUGAUGAAUGUAAGCGACUGCUAAAGUGCAUGGGAAUACCCUAUGUGGAGGCUCCUUGUGAAGCGGAAGCCCAGUGUGCUGCGUUAGCUAAGGCUAACAAGGUUUUUGCCGCUGCGUCUGAGGAUAUGGAUACUAUCACAUUCGCGUCACCUAUUCUACUGCGACAUCUGACAUUUUCAGAACAACGAAAAAUGCCAAUUGAUGAAGUCAAUUUGUCCAAAGUUUUGGAAGGCUUAGAGCUUACCAUGGAUCAGUUCAUCGAUUUGUGUAUUUUGUUGGGAUGUGACUAUGUCGACAGCAUCAAAGGAAUAGGACCGCAUCGUGCUAUCAACCUGAUUAAAGAACACAAGUGUCUUGAAAAGAUUAUCCCUGCUCUCCCCGAAAAGCUGCGAGAAAAUGUACCGGCUGACUGGAAAUAUGAUGAAGCAAGAGAGUUGUUCCGAAAACCAGAGGUCGCUGACUGCACUGACAUGGAGCUCAAAUGGGAAGAACCUAAUAUUGAAAAUUUAGUCGAUUUCCUUGUCAAAGAAAAGGGAUUCAACGAGGAGCGCGUUCGAAAAGCUUCAGAAAAGCUGCAUAAAAAUGCAAAAGCGGCAACUCAAGGACGUAUUCAGGACUUUUUCAAUUCAGUGCCUACGCAAAAUACUGGAAUCAAGCGCAAGGCUCCUGCGGACACUAAAAAAGAUGACAAGAAGAAGAAAGGAGGACGCAAACCUAAAUAAGCCUGCUGUAAUAAAUAAAUAUAGGAUGAGCAUAAUGAGAUGUUUGGCUUCCGCGUUUG